AUGGUGAUGAAUAGCACUGUGAAUGAAUUCAUUCUGUUUGGCUUGACACAGGAUCCAAGAAAACAGAAAGCAAUAUUUGGGGUCUUCUUGAUGCUUUAUCUUGCCACACUGUUGGGAAACUUUCUCAUUGUAGUGACUAUUAAAAGAAGCAGGACCCUUGGGAGUCCCAUGUACUUCUUCCUAUUUUACCUGUCCUUUGCUGAUGCUUGCCUCUCUACAACCAUUGCCCCCAGAUUGAUUGUGGAUGCCAUUUCUCAGAGGAAGACCAUUUCCUACAAGGAGUGCAUGGCUCAGGUCUUUACAGGCCACUUCUUUGGAUGCAUGGAAAUCUUCGUGCUGAUCGUCAUGGCUUUUGAUCGCUAUGUAGCCAUUUGUAAGCCCUUGCGAUACACAACCAUCAUGAACAGGCAUGUCUGCAGUGUGCUGGUGAUUCUGGGUUGGGUGGGAUCCUGUAUCCACUCUUCAGCACAAAUUUUCCUGGCUUUGAGAUUGCCUUUCUGUGGUCCCAAUGUGAUUGAUCACUAUUUCUGUGAUUUGCAGCCCUUGUUGAAACUUGCUUGCAUGGACACUUAUGUAAUAAAUUUGCUAGUUGUUUCUAACAGUGGAGCCAUAUGCACGGUGAGUUUCAUAAUCCUGCUUAUCUCCUAUGUUAUCAUCUUGUACUCUCUGAGAAACUACAGUGCAGAAGGAAGGCGAAAAGCCCUUUCAACCUGCACCUCCCAUUUUAUUGUGGUUGUCCUAUUUUUUGGCCCAUGUAUAUUCAUAUAUACACGUCCGGCAACCACAUUUCCAGUAGACAAGGUGGUGGCUGUGUUUUAUACCACUGGGGCACCCUUGCUCAACCCUCUGAUCUAUACACUGAGGAAUGCAGAAGUGAAAAAUGCCAUGAAAAAGUUAUGGUGUAACAAAGUGUGA